AUGCUCAACAUUUUACAGGCGGUGGGCGCGCGGCUGACGGCGCACCAGACGCUGAGCAGCGUGCGGCAGAUGCGCCGCUUCCGGCAGAUCGGCGUGCCGCGCGACUCGCUGGACCUGGCGCUCAGCGCCAACUACGACCACGCGCGCGAGCUCUUCCCCGAGAAGUGCGACGUGCUGCUGCAGCCCGAGACGCUGGGCGUCGCGACGUGGCGCAAGGACCGCAACGUGCGGCUGGAGCUGGUGCCGCAGCCGCCGUUCCGCGGCCACCCGCUCAACCACGGCGGCGUGCCGCAGCGGCCCAACCCGCACAGCAAGCGCGGGGGCUCCUUCAACCCGCACCACCCCAAGUCCAAGGACGGCUACACGCGCACGCCCUUCGGCUCCUUCUACGCCCACUGA